GAUUAUAAACUAUUUUAAAAUACAUUAUCUUUAUUUUACCACAAUUUUUAUACAAUAUCACCUUUUUGGCUAUUAAAGCUUUUAAUGUCUCAAUGUCUUAAAGAGAAAUGCAGAUCAUGUGUUUUUGCAAACUCGUGGGAGGAUUCACUUCAUGUUGAGUUUUUUUUUUUUUUUCCAGAAGAUAGCGUUACAUCAGACAGAGAACUGGCAAAGAAAAUGUUUUACAUGCUUCUUUUGUUCUGUUUGUGCCGGAAGCACCUGAUUGGUGGGUUUUGUUCACAGACACAUGAAAGACUGUUCGGUGCUGAGGGAGAUUCUGUUACUUUACAAACUGAUGUUACUGAAAUACAUGAAGAUGAAGACAUACUGUGGUAUUUUGGAGGCCAGAAAUCUGCCUUAGCUAAAAUCAACAGAGCGACUAAAACCUUCUUCACGUAUGAUGUCCCUGAUGCGAGAUUCAGAGGCAGACUGAAGCUGGACAAUAAAACUGGAUCUCUGACCAUCACGAACAUCACAACUCAGCACGCUGGAGUUUAUAAACUAGAAAUAAGUGGAGCAAAACUGAUAUCCAAAACUUUCAGUUGUUCUGUCUAUGCUCAUCUGCCUGUUCCUGUCAUCAGCAGAAGCUCUUCACAAUGUUCUUCAUCUUCAUCAAAUUGUUCAUUGUUGUGUUCGGUGGUGAACGUGGGUCAUGUGACUCUCUCCUGGUACAAAGGAAACAGUUUAUUGUCCAGCAUCAGUGUGUCUGAUCUCAGCAUCAGUCUCUCUCUACCUCUGGAGGUGGAAUAUCAGGAUAAAAACACCUACAGCUGUGUGAUCAACAACCCCAUCAGAAACCAGACCACACAUCUGAACAUCAGUCAGCUCUGUCACACGUGUUCAGCAUCGGAUGAAAAGUCUGCUUCACAUCACAUGUGGACCUCUGCUGCUGUUGGGUCUCUGUUGAUUUUAGCUGCAGUCGGGAUCGGCUGCAUCUACAGGAAACACAGAAAAACGGAAGGUGCUGUUGAUGAUAAUGCAGCCGUUCAAACUUACAAAGACGAAAUCACUUACACUGAUCCCACAUUCUGCAAACGAAAUGCACAAAAACUAACAACCACAGAGAACACUAACGUGGAGUAUGCGCUAGCCUGUAUGAGAUGAAGCUUCGGUGUGUUCAGUCUCUUCACUGAUGAGCGUCUUUGAGUAUUUCUGGUUUCAGUUUGUGAUCACUUAUGUUUACAAGUCGUGGACAGUUUUUGGGAUUGCUGAGAAGCCACACAGUCAUGCCUCUAAACUUAGCUGUCAAUUCUUCAGAAGUACACACAUUUAAAUACAUGAUAUUGGUAUAAAGUUUACACACACACUGGAAGCGCCAGUUUGGGAAUCAAAGUAAAUCUGCUUUGGCAAGUUCUAAAGUCUGUCCCUCGAGGUCCACUUUUGCUCAAACCUUGAACAAACUCACUUUUCUGUAAAUUUCUUGCAAUCCUGGAGCUUGUUUGAUUUGGAGUUGGAGCUAAACUUUGCUGGAAAGUGGACCUCAAGGAGGUGAAAAGAUGAAAUUCAUAGUUUGCUUACUACCAUGCAACAAAACCCAACAACAAUACAAGAACUUAAACAGCACAGCCAAAAUCUAUUUACAAUUAAAAUGAUAAUGAAUUAUUUUUUUAUGCAAAGGUAGAAUAUUAAACACAAAACUUUGUAAUUAUCAGUGCCUUAUACAAUUUAGAUUGUGGCAAGGAAGCUUUAGAGUAUUACACAUGAAAAUUUUAGUAGUGUCACAGAAAAAGCAUUAAACAGAAAAGCAUUGAUUUUGUGCUGGAAAGUUAUAAUUUCCUCACCCUCAUCUUCCAAAUUCAUUUAACCAAUCAUGCUUUUCUGUAAGAGCUUCUCAGUUGUGGAAUACACAAUAGAAAAUUGAACUAAGAAACACUGAUUGUUGUCAUAUUGUUAGCGUUUUUUGUUUAGCCUUUCUGAUAUUUUUUUAAUUCCUCCAAAGGACUGCAGCUGAAAAUUAGAUGAUUGGGUAAACAGUGGCACAUUUACAGAAAUGGCGAUUAACAUUUGGCCUUAUAAAAUAAAUAAAUGAAAAUGUAAUAAUGACAUAUUAAAUAAAUACUUUUUU